AUGAAAAUUAGGAUGAGCCUCACAUAUCAGACGUCCUUCCGUCCACAUCGACGUUUCGCAGUUUGUCGACUCGAAAUGGAUGAAUCUAUAUACGCAAAUUUAGACUCAUUAUCAAAUGAGUUAAACGUUACUAAAUUGCAACUUUCUAGCAAACGCCAGGCCAUAGUCAUCCUGACACAACAGCUCGAGGAUGCCAAAAAGGAAGCUUACCAGUUUAAGUUGAUGGCGGAACAGGUUCAAGAGCGCUACAAGAAUUUGAAACAAGUGCUGGGCUCUGAAGCUGGCUCUCCUACUUUCGGCACCUCAUCGCAACGGAAUCUGUUUAUUAAUCUAAAGGUUAAACUAAAUGAAAGUGAAAUGCAUAGUCGUAUUCUGGAAACAGAGCUAAGUAAUUUGCGCAAAAGAAACGCCGAACUGAUGGAUGAUAUUGCGCUUCUAAAGAAAUCGGCGGGAUUUCAGCACUCCAGAAACUUGGAACUGAUGGCUAAGGAAAAGUCCUCAUUCGAAACUCAGGGACGUGAAUCCCUGAUUAAGCAGCUUGAACUCAAAACUCUAGAGUGUCAGCGGAUUAAAAGAGACCUGGAAUUGUGCAACGAAGAAAAACAGGAAAUCCUAUCUGAGUUGAUUCAUUGGAAGAAGUCGGAUGAAACUGAAUCAAAUGAGGAAACCAACUCCAUUGGUGCUGACACUGUGUUUCAAGAAAACAAGCUGCUUUCCCGUCAGAUCAGUAGGUUAGAAGCUGACAAAAAACUGUUAAUGCAAACUCUUGCCAAAUAUCAGAUGUUGAAGUCUGUGACAGGCGGUCCAUCUGAAGACGGUGAGUUAGCUUAA